AUGGUGAAGGGUGGAAAUGCCGCGAAGCAGGCGCUCAAGUAUGCGUCCACGCAAGUGUCCCAAACUUCUGACAGCGCAGCACGUGCGAUGACGCAAGCCGGCGCGACCCUGUCCUUUGCAAAGAAGAUCAAAUCCAGUCGUUCCAUCGACAUGCCCAUGCUCUCUCACGAGGGCAAGUCCGAGCGUGCCAUCGAUGGGAACACCGCUGCCGCACACGUGGCCUACGCUAUGAGUGACGUGUCUUUCAUCUACCCCAUCUCCCCGUCCACGAGUAUGGGUGAGACCAUGGAUAAGUUCGCAACCGCCGGGCGGAAGAACGUGUUUGGACAACAGGUCAAGGUGAGGCAGAUGCAGUCCGAGCUGGGUUCUGCGGGUGCCCUGCACGGUGCGCUGUCGGGCGGCGCGCUGUGCACCACCUUCACGGCCUCCCAGGGCCUGCUGCUGAUGAUCCCCAACAUGUACCUCUGCGCCGGUGAGCUGCUGCCUGCGGUGUUCCAUGUCUCCGCCCGCGCCUUGGCGCGCCAGUCCCUCUCCAUCUUCUGCGACCACUCGGACGUCAUGGCGGUGCGUUCGACCGGCUGCGCGCUGUUGAGUGCUCACAACCCCCAGGAGGUGAUGGAUCUGGGCCUCGUGGCGCACCUGGCGUCGCUGAGGGCCUCGGUGCCCUUCGUGCACUUCUUCGAUGGCACGCGCACCUCGGGUGUGAUUGAGUGCGUGAAGCCGAUCCCCUACAGCACCAUGAAGAGCAUCGUGCCCUGGGAUGAGUUGGACACCUUCCGGCAGCGAGGCCUCAACCCCCAGCACCCCAUGAUGCGCGGCCUCGGCCAGGAUCCGCAGACGUACUACCAGUCCGCCGUUUCGGCGAACAGGUUCUACGACGCAGUGCCUGGCAUCGUGCAAGACGUGAUGGAUCAGGUCGCGGUGAUCACCGGUCGCCAGUACAAGCUCUUCGAGUACUACGGAGACCCGGAGGCGGAGCGCGCGGUGGUGCUCAUGGGGUCGGCGGCCAAGACAGCGGAGGAGACGGUGGACUAUCUCCGGGCCCAGGGGGAGAAGGUGGGGAUUUUGAAGGUGCAUCUUUUCCGGCCCUUCUCCACCGAGCACUUCUUGGCAGAGCUGCCUGAAAGCGUCAAGGCCAUCGCAGUUUUGGACCGGACAAAGGAAGACUUGGCUCCGUCAUUGCCACUGCACGCCGAUGUGCUGACGGCCAUGAGUGAGGCGGGGGUCUACAAGAAGGUGGUGGGUGGGAACUACGGGCUGGGCAGCAAGGAGUUCGCCCCCCGCCACGUGAAGGCUGUGUUUGACAACCUGUCGAAUGAAGUGCCCAAGCGCCACUUCACCGUGGGCAUCAACGACGACGUGACGAACACCUCCCUCCAAGUGGGGCCCAUCAUCAACACCCAGGACCCUGAGGUGACACAGGCCAUCUUCUUCGGCCUGGGCUCCGACGGCACGGUGGGCGCCAACAAGGCCGCGGCCGCCAUCAUCGGCGAGCGCACGGAGUUCUACUCCCAGGGCCACUUCAACUACUCCUCGCAGAAGGCCGGCGCCUCCACCGUCUCGCACCUUCGCUUUGGGCCCAAGCCCAUCCGCAGCGAGUACGAGAUCGAGGGCAGCCCUGGGGCCGACUAUGUGGCCUGCCACCACACGUCCUUCCUUGCCAAGUUCGACAUGCUCUCCAAGGUCAGGGAAGGAGGCGCUUUUGUGGUGAACUGCCCCUGGAGUACAGUGGAGGAACUGGAACAAGAGUUCCCGGCAAAACUACGGCAAGCGAUAGCUGAGAAGAAGGCGGAGCUGUACACGAUCGAUGCACAUGCGGUGGCAAGCUCCGUGGGCUUGCCUGCCAAGCGCAUCAAUCAAGUCAUGCAGGCCACCUUCUUCAACCUCUCGGGCAUUCUGCCCCCGGAGGAUGCCAAGGAGCAGUUGGAGGGCGCCAUCGACCGCAUGUACGGCAAGAAGUCUCCAGAGAUCGUGAGGCAAAACAAGGCGGCAUUGGCGGCCGCGCCGGAGAAUCUGAACAGGAUCCAGUAUCCGGAGUCCUGGAUCAACGCUGAGGACAACGAGAGCUCGCUAAAGAAGAUGAACCCGGCGGGGAGCCAGUACUCUCCGGACGUGGAUGAGUUCAGCUCCACCUUCCUCAGGAGCAUCGACUCGCGCACCGCGGACAACCUGUCCGUGAGCGCCUUCUCCCCGGGCGGCGAGCAACCCAUCGGCCAGUCCCAGUACCAGAAGCGCGCCUUGGCCGAGGAGGUGCCCGUCUGGAUCCCUGACAACUGCACUCAGUGCAACCUCUGCAGUGUGGUAUGCCCCCACGCAGUGGUCCGACCGUUCCUGCUGGACAAGAAGGAGAUGGAGGCUGCUCCGGAGGGCUACAUGGCCCGCAAGGCCAAGGGCGGCGAUGUGGGAGGCCUCAACUACACCAUCCAGCUGGCCCCCUUCGACUGCACCGGCUGCGCAGUUUGCGUGGAGAUGUGCCCUGACGACGCGCUCAUCAUGGAGCCCGCCAGCAAGUCUCAGCAGGCCUUCAAUGACCACUGGGAGUAUUCCUUGAACAAGGUGGCUGUGAAGGACAACCUCCUUGAGCGCAACACCGUGAAAGGCUCCCAGUUCCAAGAGCCUCUGAUUGAGUUCAGUGGUGCUUGCUCUGGAUGCGGGGAGACGCCAUACGUGAAGCUACUCACCCAGAUGUUCGGAGAGCGAAUGGUCAUCGCCAAUAGCAGCGGCUGCUCCUCCGUGUGGGGCGGCUCCUAUGGGCUCAGCCCCUUCAAGAAGAAUCGCCACGGCCAAGGUCCUGCGUGGGCGAGGAGUCUCUUCGAGGACACCGCGGAGUAUGGCCUGGGCAUGGCCUUGGGCUCCCAGCAGCGCCGGGAGCGCCUGGUGGAAGACGUCAGGGAGCUCAUGGAGGAGGUGGGCUCUGGCGCCAAGAUCUCCACGCCUUUGCAGAACCUCCUGGAGAGGUGGCUGGACGUCGUGGACGAUGCAACGAAAUGCGGAGCGCUGCACGGGCCGAUGAAGGCGGCCCUGGAGGCGGAGCCGGAGACCAGCGACAGCCCCGCGCAGCUGCAGGCGGUGAAGCGGGGCUCAGACAUGUUGGUGGCCCCUUCCCAUUGGAUCAUCGGCGGCGACGGCUGGGCCUACGACAUCGGCUUCGGCGGCCUGGACCACGUGCUCGCCACAGGUCAGGACGUGAACAUCUUGGUGCUGGACACCGAGGGCUACAGCAACACUGGCGCUCAGAUCUCCAAGGCCACCCCUAAGGGAGCGACCAUGAAGAUGGCCGCGGGAGGCAACAAGGCCAAGAAGAAGGACCUUGGUGCCAUCGCCAUGAUGCACGAGAACGCCUACGUGGCCUCGGUGUCCCUCUCCGCGGACGUGAACCAAACAGUGAAGGCCUUCAAGGAGGCGGAGGCCUACAAAGGCCCCUCCAUCAUCAUCGCCUAUGCCACCUGCGUGGAUUGGGGCCACCGGGCCGGAGACAAGGCCAUGGUCCAGCAACAGGUGCAGGCUGUGGAGAGUGGCUACUGGCCGCUGUAUCGCUACAACCCGGACAAGGUGAAGGGGGAGUUCAACGGCUUUGAGCUGGACAACAAGCGCAUCUCCCCAGAUGCCAUGGAGGAGUUCGUGCGCAACGAGAAUCGCUUCACCUCGCUUCAGCGCUCCGCCCCGGAGUAUGCCUCCAUGCUGCAGGGCGCCAUGAAGCAUGAGUUCCACGCGCGCCACGAGACGCGGAAGAGGAAAGCCAUGGGCGACGAGGACCUCUUGGAGUACCUGAAGAAGCAGAUGGGCGAGCAGGUGACCGGAGAGCGGGUGACGGUGCUCUAUGGCACCGACACAGGCAACGCCGAGAUGGUGGCCAAGAACUUCCAGUUCGAGUUCAAGCGCCGAGGAAUGAAGGCCAAGUGCCUCUCCCUCAACGAUGUCGCCAUCAGCGACCUGCCGGAGGAGUCGAAGGUCCUGGCCAUCGUCGCCACGGCGGGGCAGGGAGAGAUGCCCAAGAGCGCCGUGAAGUUCUGGCAGGACAUGGAGACCUUUUUGGAGACCGCGCCGGAGGACUACCUCAAGGACACGCAGUUCGCCGUCUUCGGCCUGGGAGACUCUUCCUACGUCUUCUUCAACGAGGCGGCCCGCAAGAUCGACGAGGCCUUCGAGAAGCUGGGGGGCCAGCGCGUGCAGCAGAUGGGCCAGGGCGACGACCAGCACCCCGCACGCUUCGACACCGAGCUGGAGGAGUGGAGCCCUGACUUCUAUGACAACAUCGAGGCGCCCGAGCCUCCCCAGGAGCUCAGCCCCCCCUCGCACUUGGUGGAGAUCCUGCCGGCCGACGACUCCAAGGCGAAGCUCGCCGCGGAGCCCUACGUGCCCCAUGGCUCCAAGCCAGUGCAGAUGAACAUCAAGAGGUCCACUGUCCCAGAUGGCUACGAACGCGCCAUCGACCACUUCGAGUUUGACCUCAAAGGCAGCGGCCUGAGCUACGAGCAGGGCGACUCCCUGGGCCUGUGGCCUUCCAACGCCAAGUCACAGGUGGACUUGUGCUUGAUGGCGCUGAACAUGAAAGGAGACGAGAUCCUGUCCCUUCGGCCUGUGGACUCCAAUCGCUCGGUUCCUUUGCCGGAGGUGAUCACCGCGCGCACGCUGCUGACCCAGGUGCUGGACAUCGCCGGAUGGCCCAAGCGCCGCUUCUACGAAAUGCUGAAGCUGAGUGCCACGGACGAGAAGGAGAAGGAAGUGCUGGUGGAUCCGUUGCCCAUGCUGGACAUGGGCGUCAGCAUCUUGGGUGUGCGGGACAGCUGGCGUCAGCACCAACAAGCCUUGGAAUCUGGCGAAAGGCACCACUUGGAGGCCUUGAAGAUCACGGAGCAACAGCACGUGGAGUCCCAGCAGCGAACCGCGCAUCAGCACCAGGAGUCUGUCUUCAUCAGCAAGGACCAGCACGACCAGUCCUUGCAAAUCAAUCGGGUGCUGCAUGAUGAAGCCAUUAGUACGGCCAAGUCGCAGCACGAGGAACAGAUGAAGCACUCCUACAUGGAGACAAGGCGCGAGAAUCUCCGGGAUUUGCUGAGCGAGACCUUGGACGAGGCCCAGAGCACCGUGCUGAAGUCCACGCUGCUCUUCGGCUUCGUGGUGGCGGUGCUUGUGGAGGGCUUCCCUUCUGCGGAGAACUCCAACGAGCGGUACAUCGACAUCUUCAUCUUCUCGGUGUCCUGGGCCAUCUGCCUCCUCUUCGAGUCCAUCGUCCUGGCGGGGCUCUACCAGAUGGUUCAGACACGCGCCCUGCGGGAGAUGAUUCGCAGCCUGCAGGCGUCGGCCUCCCCGGGUUCGGGAGAGCUGCGACGCUCCAGCACUCUGGAAAGCGGCUUCUCCUCGCUGGACAGCUGGGAGCCGACUCGACGAGCAGCACGGCCGGGCCGGCCCUACAGCCUCCUGCACCCGCGGACCCAGAAGAGCUUCGACUCGGAGGUGUUGCCGAGGCACUCGAAGAGCGAGCCGGACGCCAACUCCUGGGGCACAAGAAGCACCCAGGAGCCUUCGAAUGAGGUGCCAUCGCUGAACGUCUCGGAUCCUAAGCGUUUGCUGUACCGCAAACAGGCGAAGCAGUUCACCACCAUCGGCAGCCUUUUCACGCUGAUCUGCCUGGCUGGCCUCAUCUACGGCCAGCUCUGCAUGAGAAGGGGCAGCAAGCACGGUGAAGGAUCCUCAGAUGUGCUCAUACGGCUAGGUAUUUUUCUGCCACCCUUCGUGUCUGCCAUGUUCACCUUGCUGCUGCGCAAGAAUGCGAACCCCAUCCGAUCCACGCUGGCUGCGCAGAGUUUAGCGCUGCUCUGCUUCUUCCUGUCCAGCGGUUUCCUGCUGGUGACCACGGUGUGGUGGCACGCUUCAGCUCCCAGCAUCAACCUCGCACACGAAAGCGCGGAGGUGUACUUGAAGGGCGUCUCGCUGGAAAUGCAGGGAUGGCCCAUGUUCUUUCACCCCACGGGGGUGGCAGCCGCGGGCCGCACGCUGCUGUUGAGCGCCGCCUUUCGGGUGGCGCGCUUCGAGCUGGGGGAGACCCACGCGCGCCUGGUGAGCGAAGCGACCUUGCCGGCCCUGGAGAUCGGGGACCUCGCCUUCUUCGGCAACAGCAGUGUCGCCUUGGCGGGCCGGGACACGGUCACUUACUUGCCGGUGGCCUCCUUGAUGCAGACGGCGCGCUUGCAUUGGCGGCAGCUGCCCUCCAGUCACUUCGGGCGCUCCAUUCAGGAUCCCACGGAUCCGGCAGCUGAGGCGCUGCAGGCAUUGGCUUACUGGCCACAGCAGGACAUGCUGGUGGUCAGCAAGGCCGAUUUGGGGGUUGUGGCCUGCAGGGCUCACGACGAGAAGGGGGAGCCGCAGCCUGUGGUGCAGGCGGAGAUGAUGGUCAUGGAGAAGUUCGGUGCUGGCACUGCCGUCUCUGGACUGCACGUUGACCCGGUGGAGCAAGUUCUGUACGUUCUUUUCCACCGCACUGGCCGACACGCCGAGAUACAUGCCAUCGACUUGCACGAUGAGCUGGGUCGUUUGCUGCGUGUACUGCGGUUGCCAGACGUAGAUUCUGCAGACGGCCCCGAUGCGGACCACGAUGUGGUGUGGGGCGCCCUGUCCAGCUGGCAUCCUCCAGACUCCGCGCAAAGGCCGCGGUUGCUGGUGGUCACACGGAGCCCAGCCAAGGAGGAGCUCCAGCGGCUUUGCUCCAAGGAGGGCAAGCAGGACUACCAGGCAUAUGCUGCCGAGAGCUACACCUACGCUGAGCUGCUGCAGAAGUUCCCCAGCUGUCAGGUCAACAUUGGUCACCUCCUGGACUAUGUGCCCGACAUCAAGCCGCGUUUGUACUCCAUUGCCUCCUCUUCCCGAAUGCGUGGGGACGACGAGUGCCAUCUCUGCAUCAUCCGGAACGACUGGACCGCAACGAGCGGAAGGCAGCUGACUGGUUUGUCCACUCGCUGGCUGUGCGAGGACAUGCACCCGGAGGCAGGCAGCAUCGGCGUGCAUGCCUGCGUCCACCCCUCUGCUGUGUCUCUGCCAGAGAAGCACACCACCCCCAUGCUCAUGGUGGCGUUGGGCACUGGCAUUGCCCCCAUGCGAGCCUUCAUUGAGGAGCGCGCAUCCGCCAAGCGGGACGGUGAGGAGUGUGGGCCUAUGGCUCUCUUCUUCGGCGCUCGCAAUCGCCAGGAGUACAGCUACGAAGCGGAGUUUGAUGCCUACCAGAAGGAGGGCGUGCUGACGGACAUCCAUUUGGCUCUGAGCCGUGAGCAGAAGGAGAAGAUCUACGUGACGCACCGUUUGCAGCAGCAGAAGCAGCUCCUUGGACGCUUCGUGUUGAAGGGCUUCGAUUUCAACACGAGCUCGCGGCAAUCCACUCGUACAGGCAGCUGA